AUGGCUGAUGCCGUCAAAAUUAUCCAGCUGGUGGAGGAGGAUACGGAGCGGGAUUGGCCAGCGGAUAUAGUUGACAUUAUGGAGGAAUUGGAAAAUGAAAGGCCGAUGGGUUUUGAGUUUAAAAACCUUUCAUGGUAUGAUCUGCACCGAGCAGCAAUGAUCUCCCAACGUAUGGACCGAAGCCGUCAAAGCAGAGAAGACUCUUUCCGGUCCAUGCCUGAGGGUGGGCAGUUGAUACAAGUGACCAGCGGAUCGGCUUCUCAGCCUAUAGCCGACCAAUACAAUUCCGCAAAAGGGAGUCUGUGGUAA